CGCGCGCGGACGUCGGCGACGCUCGAUCGGACGACCGCGCGCGGCGGCGGCGGCGGCGCGGGCGCGCGCGCGAUGGCGACCACCGCGCGGCAUCCGAUCCUCGGCCCUCUUCUCGAGCGCUACGCGAGAGAGCUCGACGCGAAACUCGUCGACCUCGCGCGUCUGCAGAAGGAGUGGGAGUGCGAGCCGCCGGUGAUACUCCGCGCCGCCGCGCGCGCGGCGCCCAGACGGCUCUGGUCGCGACGCGGCGAGGACGGCGAGGACGGCGAGUACGACGACGAGUACGACGCGCCGAAACCGCCGCGGACGCCGUGGUCGAACCACGAGAAGGAACGCCUGCGACGCGGGCUGCUGUUCCACGGCCUCGGACGGUGGGAGAAAAUCCGCGACGCGCUCAAGAAGACGUCGCGCGCGAAGCACCCGACGAACGACGUCGCGGCGACGUGCUGGGACCUGCUUCGCGCGCUUCGCGCAAACCUGAAACCCGGCGGUAAGGAGUCGACGUACGUGUCGACGCGGCUGAGGGGCGCGCCGGAGAAGCCGGGAGGAAGCCGGGAAGACGACGACGGCCCGGACGAGCUCGUGGGCCCGUGGAGCAAGGUUAAGACCCUCGCGCGGUCGUGGGCGCGACGGUUGGAGCUUCUCGACGGCGUCAACCGCGCCGCGGAGCGCGCGGUCGCGGAGGAGACGCAAGACGACGCGCUCGCGCUGUUGGACUCGAGAGACUUCCCGCGAGGCGAUAAGCUUCCGGCGUUUUGGAACGCGACGUGCGAUCUGUACCUCCUGCACGGGAUCGCGACGCACGGGUUCGGGGCGUGGGAGGCGAUUCGCGCCGACCCGGAGUGCUUCGCGGCGUUCGCGCACGCGGCGAGAGAGAGCGGCGGCGACGCCGCGCUCGAGGAGCUGACGAAGAGCUGCGAGCGCAUCGACGCGCGCGCCGCGGCGAUCGCGUCCAAGAUGAAGGGCAUGCACGGCGGCAAGGACCCGACGAUCGCACACGCGGAGGACUGCGAGUGUUUCGUCUGCAAGAGGCGGCGGGCGAAGCGCGACGCGACGAAGACGACGACGGCGGCGGAGAAGGCGGACGACGACGACGACGACGACGACGACGACGAAGACGACGACGAAGACGAAGACCAGGAGGAAGAAGAGGAGGAGGAGGAGGUGCACGAAGAAGAGGACGAGGACGAGGACGAGGACGACGACGGGAACGAAGAGAACGAGGAGACUGAUAACGACGAGUCCGCGGCGGUCAACACCCCGCGCGGCGACGGCACGAAAUCGAAAUCGAAAGAGGAAGCUAAAGCCGACCGCGAAGCCGCGCGCGAAGCCGCGCGCCUCCAGAGGAUAGCCAACAAGAAGACGCACAAGGACAUCAAGCGAGCGAACGUCACGCCGAACAGCUGGCCGCUCGCGGAGGUUCUGACGCACCGCGUGAAGCAGCUCGCGAAGGGCCUCGGCGCGCGCGACGUCCUCGCGCCGUCGGAUCCGCCGUGGGUCGCCGCGUAUCUCGGAAGGAAACGCAAGAGAGCGCCGAGGGACCGGAACCUUCCCUUGCACGCGUUCGGCGGCGGCGAGGACGACGACGCGCGCGAGAAGGCGAAGCGCCGCGCGGAGCGGCGCGAGCGGAAACGCGCGCGCGCGAAGCGGCGAUCGGCGCGGAACGCGCAGGUCGCCGAGG